UCCCCGCCGGCCCCGCGGCUCGUACCGCCCCUCGCUCAACUCCCGGCGGCGGCGGCUCCCGGCGGCAGGUCCCGGUGGCCGGUCAGACGGGGAGGGCGGCCGCGGGACAGUCAUCUCUUUGGGAAGAUGGUUCUUCAUUUCAACUCUCUUUUUGUCUUCCCUGUCAUACUCCUGUACCACUGGAUGGGUUCAACUGUGUCUUUGAAUCUGGAAGAUCCCAAUGUGUGCAGCCACUGGGAAAGUUACUCAGUUACAGUGCAAGAGUCAUAUCCACAUCCGUUUGAUCAGAUUUACUACACCAGUUGUACUGACAUCCUAAACUGGUUCAAGUGCACACGACACAGGAUCAGUUACCGUACUGCUUACAGACAUGGUGAGAAAACGAUGUACAGGCGCAAAUCCCAGUGCUGCCCUGGAUUCUAUGAAAGCAGGGAAAUGUGUGUCCCUCACUGUGCUGAUAAGUGUGUCCAUGGCCGUUGUAUUGCUCCCAACACCUGUCAGUGUGAGCCUGGCUGGGGAGGACCCAACUGCUCUAGUGCGUGUGACAGUGACCACUGGGGACCCCACUGCAGCAGCCGCUGCCAGUGCAAGAACGGGGCCCUUUGCAACCCCAUCACUGGGGCCUGCCACUGCUCCGCGGGCUUCAAGGGCUGGCGCUGCGAGGAGCGCUGCGACCCCGGUUCCUACGGCAACGAGUGCCACCAGAAAUGCCAGUGCCAGAACAGUGCCACCUGUGACCACGUCACCGGCGAGUGCAGGUGUCCCCCCGGAUACACCGGCGCCUUGCUUUUGGCCAGAAGAGCUGAUGAUGAUAGUAUUGAAAACAAAGCUGGGGCCUGUGGUUAUGAGUGUCUGUGCUGUCCCCACCCCGUGCACAGCUGUGAGGACCUGUGUCCCCCUGGGAAGCAUGGCCCACAGUGCGAGGAGAGGUGCCCAUGCCAGAACGGAGGCGUCUGUCACCACGUCACCGGGGAGUGCUCCUGCCUGCCAGGAUGGAUGGGCAUGGUCUGUGGUCAGCCUUGUCCUGAGGGUCGUUAUGGGAAGAACUGCUCCCAGGAGUGCCAGUGCCACAACGGAGGGACCUGCGACUUGGUGAUGGGUCACUGCCACUGCAGCCCAGGCUACACAGGGGAACGAUGCCAGGAUGAGUGCCCAGUGGGGAGCUUCGGGCUGCGUUGUGCAGAGACCUGCAAGUGUGUGAAUGGUGGGAAGUGCUACCACAUCAGUGGUGCAUGCCUCUGUGAGCCAGGGUACACAGGGCAGCACUGUGAAACCAGGCUCUGCCCCGAGGGGAUUUACGGCCUCAAGUGUGAUAAAAAGUGUCCCUGCCACAUGCCCAACACCUGGAGCUGUCAUCCCAUGUCUGGGGAAUGCUCCUGCAAGCCAGGCUGGUCUGGGCUGUACUGCAAUGAGACGUGUUCCCCGGGCUUCUACGGGGAGUCAUGUCAGCAGAUCUGCAGCUGCCAGAACGGGGCUGACUGCGACAGCGUCACUGGGAAGUGCACCUGUGCCCCUGGAUUUAAGGGUGCUUCUUGUGGUACCCCUUGUCUCCCUGGAACAUAUGGAGUGAACUGCUCCUCUGUGUGCAGCUGCAAAAAUGGGGCCACAUGUUCACCUGUGGAUGGCUCUUGUGCCUGCAAAGCAGGUUGGCAUGGUGUGGAUUGCUCCAUAAAUUGCCCCAGUGGCACGUGGGGACUGGGCUGUAACCUGACCUGCCAAUGUCUUAAUGGAGGGGCUUGUAAUGCUCUAGAUGGAACCUGUACCUGUGCCCCGGGAUGGAGGGGAGAGAAAUGUGAACUCCCUUGCCAGGAUGGUACCUAUGGCCUGGACUGCGCUGAGCGCUGUGACUGCAGCCACGCGGACGGGUGCCACCCCACCACGGGCUACUGCCGGUGCCUCCCGGGAUGGUCAGGUAUUCACUGUGACAGUGUGUGUGCUGAGGGACAGUGGGGUCCAAAUUGUUCCUUGCCUUGUUACUGCAAAAAUGGAGCAUCCUGCUCUCCAGAUGAUGGGAUCUGUGAGUGUGCACCUGGAUACAGAGGCACCACUUGCCAGAGAAUCUGCUCGCCGGGGUUCUACGGACACCGCUGCAGCCAGACCUGCCCCCAGUGCGUGCACAGCAGUGGCCCCUGCCACCACAUCACUGGCCUGUGUGACUGCCUGCCCGGAUUCACAGGAGCUCUCUGCAAUGAAGUAUGUCCCAGUGGCAGAUUUGGGAAGAACUGCGCUGGAAUAUGCACCUGCACCAAUAAUGGGACUUGUAAUCCUAUUGAUAGAUCCUGUCAAUGCUACCCUGGAUGGAUUGGUAGUGACUGCUCUCAGCCCUGCCCACCUUCCCACUGGGGACCAAACUGCAUCCACACAUGCAACUGCCACAAUGGAGCUUUCUGCAGUGCCUACGAUGGGGAGUGCAAGUGCACCCCGGGCUGGACUGGCCUUUACUGCACACAGAGGUGUCCCCUGGGGUUUUUUGGGAAGGACUGUGCUUUGAUCUGCCAGUGCCAGAACGGAGCUGACUGCGACCACAUCAGCGGGCAGUGCACGUGCCGGACAGGCUUCAUGGGGCGGCACUGCGAGCACAAGUGUCCCCAGGGCACAUACGGGUACGGAUGCCGCCAGAUCUGUGAUUGCUUGAACAACUCCACCUGUGACCACAUCACGGGGACCUGCUACUGCAGCCCAGGCUGGAAGGGGGCCAGGUGUGAUCAAGCUGGUGUAGUUAUAGUGGGAAACCUGAACAGCCUGAGCCGUACCAGCACUGCCCUCCCUGCUGACUCCUACCAGAUAGGAGCCAUAGCUGGCAUCAUCAUUCUUGUCCUGGUUGUGCUUUUCCUGCUGGUGCUGUUCAUCAUUUACAGGCAGAAGCAGAAAGGCAAGGAGACACACAUGCCUACCGUGACCUACACGCCUGCUAUGAGGGUCAUCAAUGCAGAUUACACCAUUUCAGAAACCAUUCCUCAUCCCAGUGGUGGGAAUGUCAACAGCCACUAUUUCUCUAACCCCAGUUACCACACUCUGACUCAGUGCUCCAGCCCACCUCAUGUCGCCAACAUGGAGAGACUGACCUUGGCAAAGGCAAAAACCAGUCAGCUGUUUGUGAACCUAAAAAAUACAGAGCCUGGAAAACGAAGUGCUGUCAUGGACUACACAGGAACACUGCCAGCAGACUGGAAACAUGGUGGCUACCUCAAUGAGCUUGGUGCUUUUGGACUUGAUAGGGGAUAUGUGGGGAAGUCCCUGAAAGAUCUGGUGAAGAACUCAGAAUACAAUUUAAGCAAUUGCUCACUGAGCAGCUCUGAGAACCCCUAUGCUACUAUCAAAGACCCACCGGCUCUGGUGCCAAAGAGUUCAGAAUGUGGCUAUGUGGAAAUGAAGUCCCCAGCACGUCGCGACUCCCCUUACGCUGAGAUCGCCAGCUCUGCCACAGCCAAGAAGAACGUGUAUGAAGUUGAGCCCACGGUGAGCGUUGUCCAGGGCGCGUUUGGCAGCAGCAGCGGACGCUUCGGCCAGGAUCCCUACGACCUCCCAAAAAACAGCCACAUUCCAUGCCACUAUGACCUGCUUCCUGUCCGAGGGAGCCCCACACCUUCCACAAAAGGGGUCAGCAGCAAAUGACCCCACAAGAAGCUGAUGCCUACAACCCUGGGACUCUCAAGGGGCAGAGUGGCAUGGUUGUACUCCUUCCUCUCUAGUUUACCAUCUCUCUUGGCUCCUGAUCUGUCUGGCAGGUAACUGCUGUACCCUAAAAGCAGAAUUUCAGCACGAGGUCUGUAAUGCAUACACAAGUGACAGAUGGACAAAUGCCACACUCUGGGGAUCCUGAUUAUUCUUUUUUUUUUUCUUUUUCAUGGCAGUAAAUUUUAUAGAAAAAGGUAUGCAGCACAUUUAUACUGUAAUAUACUGGCUUAGAAAAUAGUAGUUUGCAGAUUAUUCUUGACAACAUCACAUCUUAGCAACUUCAAAUAUAGGCUUCAUGUCUGUCAUGUUCCAGAGCAGUAAUACUCCCAGGACAGUGCAAUUUACCAAAUACCACUUUGUACAGGUGAUCUGAUUCACCAGUUACUCACUAGUAGAAGGAAAACUGCCUUGGCCAAAUUUCAGCUUCCAUUCUUAUCUUUAGUCAAGACAUACUUGACAUAUUAGUCAAGAAACAUGAUCUGAUGGGGAUAAGGAAGCACAAUGUUGCAGUUGUUUGGGAAGUCCAUCAUCAGGCUUUGCUGUCCAUUGCAGGUGGUGGAUGUACUUGGCCUGAAUGGUUCUGGAGAUAAAAUAAUUGCAUACAUCAAUAUUUACAUGAUGCUUCAAGACCUCUUAGUACUGCAGACCCAGCACCAGUCUUCAACAAGUAUUUUGCUACAGUUCAGCUUCAUACGUUGCGGUUCUGACCACUAUUUCUGCCACACAGAAACUAAUAAUCCACAACAUAUCAGUUAUUACUUCAAAAAACAUGUAAAUUGAAUCAGUUUAUUUUUGUCACCAUGGACUGAUUAUGUAAGGAGUGGACAAAGGUGAUGACUUCUGUAAAUCUUAACUGCAAGGAAGGGUUUACAUUUUAUAAAAUUGUAGUAAUAAUGACUGUAAUAUAGGAUAAAGAUAGUAAGGUCUUCUGACUUCUUUUUCUUCGAAGUAACUAAGCAAACUCUGUGCAUAUUUGCUAAAAAGGCACCUUUUCUUUUUUAUAGUUGACGUAGGGAAACACAUGCUUAAGCUGGUCUUUUGCAUUGCUAAUAAUGUGACACAUGUAUCCCCUCCCCCCCACCACCUUCAUUAACUUCUGUCUCCAUUUUUACGCUGUGUAUUUGUGUUUUUAGUGAACUAGCUUGUAAUUGGAAAAAUACUAUAGUGUGUGUGUCCAUUUCUUUUGCAUUUUUGCCAACUGGCCUUUAUUUUGUUUGGUUCAAGGGACCUCUGGGCAGAGCAAGAGAAUCAAAGUAAAAAUUCACAGUGAUGAAUUAUCAGAUGUGAUUAAAAAUAUGUAACAGUUCCGAUUAAUUCAUUAGUUCAGGUGAAGAAAAUCAAGGUGUUGUUUGUUGAGGAUGACAACAAGAACACAGAAGAAAAGUAAAACCAGUUCCUCCUUAAAGUUUAGCUUAUUCUGUUGACCAUGUAAUUGGAGACUGUCUUCCCAAAACAGUCUCCUUUUUCCCAAAAGAGGCUUUCAGUUCUUCCAAAAUCCUAUUAUGAAUUGCAAAAUUUGGUGGAAAUUAAAUUCACCAAGGUGAAUCCAUUGGACAGAAUUUUCCUGAAACAUGUCAACCUAAAAAUAACACUGUUGUUACAGAUUAGACAUCUUCUUUCAGUGAAAGAUACUUUUAGGAAGCUAAGGGUGAGGCAUCACCAUUUAAGAUGACCUGGCAGUGCCUCUGUAGCACCUUGUCCUGAGGGUUGGUGUGUUGCUGAUGGAAGGGAAAAAGGACACUGUAUGUUUUGCAGUUCCCUGGAUAUCUCUGUUACAUACCUGGAAUAAGGAAUUCCAUUUUCUUUAAAUUUGGAAAGUACAGGUAUUAGCUAGAAGAUUUCUAAGACUGGUUGCCAUUUAAUCCCUGUCUAAGAUCAAGUAUUGAUUUGGUUUGUAUGCAUAUAGAUAAAAUGUAGAGCUACUGAUAUAUAUACUUUUUUGUAUUGUGUGAAACAGACUUUGAAAUAAAACCUUUCUUCUCUAAA